AUGGCAUAUCAAUCGUAUCCGCGGCAUGAGCCUCGUCAUUUCGUGCCGCCAGAUUUCGGAUACUAUCCAGCAACACCGCCACCACCACGCUUACCACCGUUGGGAAGCCUGGCGGAGAGAACGAAUCCGGGGUAUAUGCUCGCAACCGCGUCGGCGUCCGCAUCGGCUUCAGCCUUGGACAAUGGCUAUCUCAAUCGCUCUGCAACGCAGACACUGCCGCUACGAAUGCAUCAUCAUGGCCCUCCCAUCGACCCACGAGCAUACGCUGCUCCCGCACCCGUCGCAUACGAAGAGAGAUCGAGUCCCAUGAUGAGUCAGGGGCGCGAGCCCCAGGCUCAUCGAGUGCGUACCUACGACCAGGAGUCCCAGUAA